AUGAGCCUGGCUGGAAGAGCCGGACGAGCCUGGACUCGAGAAUGGCUGCGCUGUGCGAAUUCGACCGGCAGCCAUGGCGGCCAGAGCGGCAGCAGCAGAUUCGGCCUCGACUUUAUCACCAACAACGCUUAUAACAGUAACAGCAGUGUGACAACUCGAUGGCCGCUGAUUGUGCGGCAACGGCGGACGUACGCCUCGCAGGCAAAGCCGACGCCUGCGCAGCUCGAGGCGCGCAUCGCCGCGAUCCCAAUUGAGCGGUACCGCAACUUUUGCAUCGUGGCGCACAUUGACCACGGGAAGAGCACGCUGAGCGACCGGCUGCUGGAGCUGACGGGGACGAUUUCGGCCAGUGAUGCGAACAAGCAGAUUCUGGACAAGCUCGACGUCGAACGCGAGCGAGGCAUCACCGUCAAGGCGCAGACGUGCACCAUGAUCUACAACCACAAGGGCGCCGACUACCUGCUGCACCUCGUCGACACGCCGGGGCACGUCGACUUCCGCGCCGAGGUGACGCGGUCGUACGCCAGCUGCGGCGGCGCGCUGCUGCUCAUCGACGCCAGCCAGGGCAUCCAGGCGCAGACCGUGUCCAACUUCCACCUGGCGUUUGCGCAGGACCUGGCGCUGGUGCCCGUCAUCAACAAGAUCGACAUGCCGUCGGCCGACGUCCCGCGCGUGCUGGACCAGAUGCAGACGAGCUUCGAGCUGGACCCCAAGAAGGCGGUGCUGGUGAGCGCCAAGACGGGCAAGGGGGUGGCGGCGCUGCUGCCGGCGGUGGUGGAGGGGAUCCCGCAUCCCGUGGGGGACGAGAAGAAGCCGCUCAAGAUGCUGCUGGUCGACUCGUGGUAUGACACGUUCAAGGGCGUGGUGCUGCUGGUGAGGCUGUUUGACGGCACCAUCCGGGCGGGGGACAAUGUCGUGUCGCUGGGCACGGGGAUGAAGUACACGGUCGGCCAGGUCGGCAUCCAGUAUCCCAACGCCACGCCGCAGACGGUUCUCCGGGCAGGCCAGGUCGGCUAUGUGUACUUUAACCCGGGCAUGAAGCGGAUUCAGGACGCCAAGCUGGGCGACACCUUCACCACGGUUGGCGACGAGGACACGGUCGAGCCGUGCCCCGGCUUCGAGGAGCCCAAGCCCAUGGUGUUUGUCGCGGCCUUCCCCACCGACCAGAGCGACUACACCCGCCUCGCCGACAGCAUCAACCAGCUCGUGCUCAACGACCGCAGCGUGACGCUGCAAAAGGACUUUUCGGAGGCCCUCGGCUCCGGGUGGCGGCUGGGGUUCCUGGGCAGCCUGCACUGCUCCGUCUUCCAGGACCGGCUGAGGCAGGAGCACGGCCGGAGCAUCAUCAUCACGGAGCCUACCGUGCCGACCAAGAUUGUGUAUGCGGACGAGUCGGAGGAGAUUGUGCAGAACCCGGCCCUGUUUCCGGAUGCGAGCGAUCAUCGGAUCCGAGCGGCGACGCUGUACGAGCCGUACGUCAAGGCGACAAUCACCGUUCCGGAAGAGUACCUCGGCCGCGUGAUUGAGCUCUGCGAGGGCAACCGCGGAGAGCAAAAGAGCCUCGAGUUCUUCCACACGGACCAGGUGAUUCUCGUAUACGACAUUCCGGCGUCGCAGCUUGUCGACGAUUUAUUCGGAAAGUUGAAAGGCGUGUCAAAGGGGUACGCGACUCUCGACUACGAAGACGCAGGCUGGCGGCAGAGCAAGCUCGUCAAACUGCAGCUGCUCGUCAACAGACAGCCCGUCGAUGCCAUCUGCCGCGUCGUCCACGCUACGCAGGUCGAUCGUCUGGGCCGGCAGUGGGUGACCAAGUUCAAGGAGCACGUCGACCGCCAAAUGUUUGAGGUCGUCAUUCAAGCCGUGGUGGGAAACAAGGUCAUCGCCCGCGAGACCAUCAAGCCGUUCCGCAAGGACGUCCUGGCGAAGCUGCACGCGAGCGACAUUACCCGGCGGAGGAAGCUGCUCGAGAAGCAGAAGGAGGGGCGGAAGAGAUUGAGAGCGGUGGGGAAUGUGGUGAUUGACCAGUCUGCUUUCCAGAGCUUCCUGUCAAAGUAG